AUGACACCAGUCGGGUUGGAGAAGUUGCGGUUGGGUGACACGAUGCUGGUUGUAAAUACUAUCAUUGGAAGACACGAGGCUGGCUUGAUAGAGCCUGUGGAAGAUGCUGCCAGUGUUGCAGAUUUGGUUGUGCAACAAGCACCAAUGACAGAGAGUAAGCACAUCAGCACGCAUCAAGAAACAGUGUCAGUUCAGGCCAUUGAACAUCCAAGUGUGUCCCAUGAACACCCAGAUGAACCCAGAGUGAUGCAGACAAAUACAAAGAAACGUCGUAGGAAGUGCAUGGAUAGGAUUGAGCUCACCGAGGAGCUUCAUGACCUUGAAGUUUGCAGAGCAAGAAAGGAGAUUGAACUUUUAGAUUUAAAAAUAGCUCAACAACGUGAACUUUUCCAAUUGAAAAAAUCUGUUCUGGAGAAUGCCAUGCGAAAUGCCAACAUGGAUUUCAACAUAACUUUUCCAGGAUUAGGAAAUGAAAGUUACAAUUUUUCAUAAAAUCUCUUUUUGAAUGCAGUAUAAAUUAUUAAAGCUGCACUCUCACACAUUUACCAUUUUCACAACUUUUUC